AUGACAUCGAGACCGGUGUCGAGCUUUCGGAUUCGCUCUGGCAGAACUCGCUGGCCACCUUUGCAGCUUACAAUUGCCGAUUCCGCGAGCCUCGAGCCCUUCACGAAGCUGUAUCGCCGCAGUCCUUACGAGGAGAUCUCGACUGAUCUGGCCUACAGGAUUUGGAAAGCCUCCGGCAAGCCGAACUCGGGGUCUAAGAGCGGCAAAGCAGGAGACGCUGCUCGACCUAUCAAUUUCGUCUCCCUCUUUUUCUUCUUCUUCUCCUCCUCCAGCACCGCCCGCACCAAGGGCGAGCUAUCCGACACCAUCGACGCGUCUCACCCCUCGUCGUCCUCUGCUACCAACACGGCGUUCUCCCUCUUAUCCUUCUGCUCCAUCGCGUCCGCCAGCACCAAGAGCGCGCUGCCAUGGACCGUCGAUGCAUUCUUCAGCCGCGUCGGCUGCCUAGACAGUACCGAGAACUCGUACCAGCCCGAAGCCGCAGUCACCACCAGAGGCUGGCGAAGGGCCGCAGAACGCCUAUUGCGAUGCAAUCCGUCGCUCUAUCACCCAAGGCGACUUCAUCGGCACAAAAAACACGCUGCUGAAUGCCAUCGACGCGUUCUUGUUCUCCUCUACCUUAUCUUCCAUCUCCACUUCCGCCAUCCAUCGAAAUGCACUGCUCCGGACGAUCGACACGUGCUUGUUCUUCUCCUCUUCCACUUCCUACCGUCCCGCCCCGCCUCCGCCGGUAAUAAGAACUCCCUGAGCGCCCAUUACGACGCGCUCCGCGUUGCGAUCACCAAUGACGACUUCAUGGGCAGGCGGGGUGCCCUCCUGGAUGCCAUUGGGGCGCACUUCGCUGGGAAUUGGUCUAGAAAUCCACCAGAGCUUGAGAUCAAGGCCAACGGCUGGCGGGAAGCCGUCAAGAACGCGGGUCUGGCUCGUCUGCUCCUACUCGAUGACAUUGUGGAGGACUCUGGCGUGUUCCGUGUUGGUGUUGAGGAAGAAGACGAAGCAUUGCCGAGCCUCGGUGACGACAUGGAGCUGGAGCAAGAGGAAGGGGAAGUCGAGGAAGAAGAAGCCGAAGCAUUGCCGGGCCUCGGUGACGACAUAGAGCUGGAGCAAGAGGAAGAGGAAGUCGAGGAGGACGAGGCCGACAGAUCUUGGCAGAUCGAGCAAAUCACCGAUUGCCGUGCUCGUCGCGUCCGGGCGGGCUCUGUGUGGGAGUACCAGGUACGGUGGGAGGACACCCUGGAGAACGGUGUGUGGAAGAUGUGGGACGAGACCUGGGAGCCGGCCGCCAAUUUGCUGGGACCUGCCGCGGAUGUAGUCGAGCAGUACCACAACGCCAACCCGGCGGGCCCUGGCCCAGCGUUGUCGGAGGGUCGCACGAAGCGAAGAGACGAUGCAAGCAGGAAGUGGCGAGCGCCGUUCAAGAAAGGUGGCUGCGAGCUUAGAGAAUGUAUGAGUCGAUGCAAACUUCAACAACGGCUCGGAAUGCAGCCUCCUGCUGCGAUCUGCAUCGAUCAGACUAUUGAUCGAAGAUGCAGCAAUGCGGCGGAAGCAGAAGUCGGAAGCCGUGAAGCCGUCAAGUCGACGAAGUGGUCCAAUCGGGCAACAGCUGUGAGGCUUGACGCUUGGCUGUUGAUCCGGCGAUUCACAGCAUCCUCACACUAUGGAUUGCGAACUGCGAAGACUCCGGCGCUGAAUAAUGCGGAUGGAACGGAGGCGAUGAAUGCGAUGGAGAAAUUGUGCUUCAGGCUGCACAUCGAGCGAACGGCGAAGUUUGUCGUCAACAUGACAGCAAUGUGA